ACACAGAUUGAUACAUUUUAAACAUUAUGAACAACUAUCAUAUCAUGAACAACUACCACAUUAUAAACAACUACCACAUCAUAAACAACUACCACAUCAUAAACAACUAUCAAAAAAAACUUGUACUGUAAAUAGCCCUAAAACAAAACCAGCUACGACUAUGAUUUCCACAACUACACCAACACCUAUACCACCAUCUUGCAUUGCUCUAGGCCAAAUAUGUCUAGGUGAUAGAAGUUUUCUAUAUUGUGCGAGUACACUCUGUAUACCUGCUAGCUCAGUCUUCUGA